AUGGCCAAAGACAAACCCCCCAAAGCAAAAGGCAUCCCAAACAAACAUCUGCACGCGAGGACGACCUUUUUGUACCAAGCCGCUGCCUAUCUGACACUGCAAACUGCGUCAAAGCAUGCACAAUCUGCCGCCAGUGACACUGAACAUGCACAUGGCACUGAGCAGACCAAGUCUCGUAGCCAAAACCAUUCUCCUCUUGCUCUCCAGCUUGGCUCAGAUCUCCAUUCUGUAUCACGCAAGGGCCAGCUUCGGCUCGCUGUUGACUUGAAGCGCUCCAUGUGCAAGAGCUGCAACACCAUCCUCAUUCCCGGACGGACAGCCACCCAGCUCAUCGAAAACCACAGCAAGAAUGGCAAGAAGCCUUGGGCUGACGUAUUGGUCAUCGAGUGCAAACUCUGUGGCGGUAAGAAGAGACUGCCCAUCGGCGCAAAGAGACAAGCAAAGAAGUCAGAACGGACAACU